AUGAAAAAAAGCUUACGGCAAGCCGAAUUCCCAAGCCGUCUCCGAUCCAAGUACUACCGGCUCUCAACGUUGCUUAACUUGCCAGAUCGGACGGGAUGGCGUGUUUUCAACGUGAUGUGGUCGUAAGCGAGAGCGUCAGUUCGUCGCUGGAAUAGAUGACCUCUCAAACCGUCGGUGUGAGCUGAACUAUCCGAUAAAAAGAUUGAAAAAUAAAUAUCUGUAAAUAAGUCGUCGUUUUGGAUUGGGAAUAUUUUUGAAAGUUGGAUAACUUUUCAGUACAAAGUUAAUAGUUUGAGGAAACUUGAAGAAUUCUUUUUUUGUUGCAUUUUUUUGUUUUUUUAAGUUUUUUUAAAAAAAUGUUUCUGAAGUUUUUUCUCUUUCUUUUUUUCUGUACAGAAGAAAGAAAAAAAGCUGUACGUUGGUGAGUAAGCGCCUUCUUUUGCCGUCGAAGCAUCUCUUUGAGAAAUUUCUUUUCGAAAAGAUGCUGCUUCUUUCAAAAGGCCUUUUUUUAUUAAUUACGUUUUUUUCAGAAAGGUUCCUUCUGAAAAAUUUGUGAAAAUUAUUUCUUUUUUUCAGAAUUCAGUUAUUUUUUUAACUCUCACCAGACGACAAGACCAUGGUAAAGUCCUAUUCGACGACCGCAGAAAAUCGAGAUUCCUGAUUACAGAAGCACGGUGAGUUUGAAUUAAUAAAUGUGAAAAAUGGAUCAUUUUUUCAGUGGGAACUAAUCUAUCCCAAAACCUCCGACGGCCAAAAAUCCUAUGGUUCAGAGCUCAAAAACUUCAACGUGAAUCAGAAGGUGAGUAUUUUAGAAGGCUUGCAUGUUAUUUUCUAUGCAAACUUCCAGAAAAGUGGAAGGAAUUCAACAGUUCGCUCAUUUGUCGAUUCCUAUGAAGUCAAAGACACGAGAGACUUCAAACAGCAGGUUUUCAUGAAGUUUGAUUGAGAAAAUGAAGAUUAUUUUCUUGAAAAAUUAAAAACCGUUAAUCCGUUCGAAUCCGUUCGAAUUUACUUGCAGUGGUACUUCAAAGAUAGGAAAAAAACAUGAAAAAAAUAAAAUAAUAAAAAAAUGAAAUGAAUUUUUCGCCUUGAUACUUUUUAUGAAAAAUAAUAUUUAAUUCAAUGAAGUUUGUAGAGAAGAUUUUUCAACAGACCAUAAAGAAAAAAAGAAAAAAAAAAUGAGAAAACUGAAUAUUUUCAGAGAGGAUUCAUCAAUACAUUAUCCGUUCUCAAGUGCUAUUCGGUAGGUUAUUUUUCUUAAAACUGCAAAAAACUACAUUUUUGAAAAUGAAAAAAUGAUGCCGUUUUUCAAAGUCUCAUAAGGGAAUUGAACAAGAACCUCUUACAUAUUAAAAAAAUUUCUUGGUUUUCUAUUAUUAUUCCAAUUAAAACAAAAGUUCAUUUAAAGUUUUUUUUGACUUCAAAAAAAUUGGAGACGGAAGCAGUAAAUAUUCUGAUCUUCAACCCAAAUUCCUAAAGAAUAAAAAUUCUAGACAAAACCGUCAAUCUUUAAAAAUUCAGUCCCACUAGACUAACCCUUGAAAUUGAAGCAAAUCGACAACGGAAACCUGGAAAACGUGGCGAGGAGCAUGAACGACUCGGACACGUGGGUCGUCCAUGUCCAACAGCCGAUCAAUCGUCGGAUAGACACCUUCAAAUCGGAAAUCUACUAUGAAGUCACCAAAAACUGCAACUAA